AUGCAUGAAUUGGAUCCUUUGGUUAUUGAAUAUCAGCAUGACAAGCACCGUCCUAGAGAGUCGGAGGCUCUACUGGUGCUUCGAAAAGUCGCCUCGCUGGUUAAACCUAUCAUGCGCCGGAGAGGCUGGAAAGUGGGCACACUCUCCGAAUUCUACCCGCAACAGCGGAACCUCCUUGGUCUCAAUAUCAAUGGAGGCCAAAAGAUAUGUCUCCGGCUGCGUUACCCGUCCGACCAGCGGCAAUUCCUUCCCAUCGAACAUGUUGUGGACACAAUGUUACAUGAGCUUUGCCAUAUUGUUCAUGGUCCUCAUAACCAGCAGUUCCAUGCUCUUUGGAACCAACUACGUGAUGAGCACGAAGAGCUUGCCAUGAAGGGAUACACCGGAGAAGGUUUUCUGUCACAAGGCAAACGGCUUGGUGGUCGUCGGAUGCCGGUGGAAGAAGCCCGUCGGCAAGCAAGAGCAGCAGCAGAGCAAAGACGCGCGCUCUCAGCUGGGUCCGGGCAGCGACUGGGUGGUGCACCAGUACUGCGUGGGACCGACAUGCGGAGAGUGAUAGCGGACGCCGCACAGCGACGUAUAGAUGUAACCAAGGGCUGUGCAUCGGGAGCUGAUAACAGCGCUGAUCUCGCAGAAGAAGCAUCCAGGAAUGGUUUUCGGACAAAAGCCGAGGAAGAUGAUGCAAACGAGCAGGCUAUCAUGGAGGCUUUCAUUGACCUAAUCGAACAGGAAGAACGCGAAAGAUAUGGUCCUUCCUAUAUACCCCCAAGUCAAAAUAAUCCGGCUGGGCCUCGAUCAAAUCUAUCUCCCCCGCCCGUGCCCCAUGACACCAGACCUCCUGCGCCGGUGCAGCCACAAGAGCCCGUUGAUCUCACAUCAGAUGAUAGUUUGUACGAACAACCAUGGGCAUGUCCAAUCUGCACUCUGGAGAACCCGGCCACCUUCCUUUGCUGCGACGCUUGUGCCGCAGAGAGACCUCGGCCCUCGAACACUCGGUCUGUGUCAGGACCGCCGGCGAUGAACUCAGCAGCUUCAAAUGACCGAAACAAGAGAAAACGACCCGCGAACCACACAGCUGGUCAUAAUGCAUUUAAAAACCGAAGUAGCGCCGUUGAGACUCUCGCUGCAUUGGAUCGAAGCACCCCCAAGCGGCCUCUGGGAUGGGUAUGCGAUUUCUGUAGCACCUUUAUGGAGACGGAAUGGUGGACAUGCUCCAAUUGUGGGACAAUGAAGCCAUCAUCGUAA